UUUCGCCAUCAAAUCUUUUCAAAACAUCGACCGCAACGCAGGUUCAAUCUAGUUUUCCGUGAAAAUACGCAAAAGAUUUUUUAAUUUCGACGUGAAAAACCAAAUUCCGUGUUUUAUUGUUGGAGCAAGUUGUGAUACCAAGGAAGAGCCCUCAAAGGACAAAAACAACACAAGUCAAAAUUCAAGAUGCUGUCCCGGCUAGCGUGCAGUGGUCGCACCUUCGUGUCUACGCCAUUGCUCAAGACCGCCCUGCAGCAGGUCCCGAAGCGUCCCCAAACGGUCGGCGUCCGGCAGUACGCGCGCGAUGUUAAGGGCGGAUCCACCUGGACAACCCGCGCCGAGCGGCAAACUCUUCGCGAGCGCGCCAUGGCACCACCCGGACCAAAUGCUUACUCACUGGGCAAGGGAGCCCUUGCGGGAGGAGCGGCCCUCGGCAUUGGGGCGCUUUGCUUUUACGGACUCGGCUUUGGAAACGGCGCCAGUACGCUGGAGAAUUCCCACGCGUGGCCAGAGUUUGUGAGGGAGCGCGUUCGGGACACCUAUCUGUACUUUGCCGGAUCGUUGGGCAUUUCGGCCGCAAGUGCGGUGGCCGUUUUCCGCAGCCCCACGCUGCUGAACCUGGUCUCGAGGAAUGGUUGGAUGUCGAUCCUCGGCACGUUCGCAGUGAUGAUCGGAUCCGGAAUGCUCGCCCAGUCGUUGCCGUACAGUCCAGGAUUUGGCGCCAAACAGGCCGCUUGGAUCGCACACUCGGCCAUUCUGGGAGCGGUAAUUGCUCCGAUUUGCUUUAUCGGUGGGCCGAUCCUGACGAGGGCCGCGUGGUACACGGCCGGAGUCGUCGGAGGUCUUUCGACGGUGGCCGUUUGUGCGCCUAGCGAUAAGUUCCUCUACAUGGGAGGUCCGCUCGCCAUCGGACUGGGCGUGGUGUUUGCUUCGUCGAUGGCUUCGAUGUUUUUGCCUCCGACCACGGCACUGGGCGCGGGAAUCGCGUCCCUUUCGCUGUACGGAGGGCUGCUCCUGUUCAGUGGUUUCCUGCUGUACGACACGCAAAAGAUCGUGAAACGAGCCGAGCUGACUCCGAUGUACGGAAUGCGACCAUACGAUCCAGUUAAUAACGCAAUGUCGAUUUACAUGGAUACCAUGAACAUUUUUAUUCGAAUUGCUACGAUUCUGGCCGGAGGUGGCGGAAGUCGACGAAAGUAAAGUGUGCACAAUGCUUACGUUAGAAUUACUUCUUUAGAAUAUUUAUAUAAAUAUCUGUUAAACAUUUGUUUUCAUCACAUAACUUAAACUUGAUUCCAAUUUCAGAGAGAAAUAAAAUUCAAGUGAUAUAAACUGCACAGUCAAGAAGCUAUGGGUGAAUAAAAAAGCGAAAAAUGUAAUUAAAACUUCUUACUAUACAAUAAAUAACUUUAAACCUGAA